CCCAAUUUAUUCACAACAACUCAGUCCCAAUGGCUUCAGUGAUCCAUUUCUGUGAUGUGAAGGGUAAAUCCCUUCUUUCAAGAGACUACAAAGGUGACAUCCCAUCCAAUGCCGUGGAGAAAUUCCCCUUCUUAUUAGUUGAUGCUGAAGAAGAUCCAGUAUCUGCAUUACCAGUUGUGACAUAUAAUGGUAUUAAUUAUCUUUAUAUUUCUCAUAAUAACUUAUAUCUUUUGGCGUUAACAAAAUCAAAUAAUAAUAUUGCUCAAAUCUUCCUUUUUUUACAUAAAGUUGCCGGUGUGUUGACUGAUUAUUUUAAAGAAUUAGAAGAAGAAUCAAUAAGGGAUAAUUUUGUUAUAAUAUAUGAAUUAUUAGAUGAAAUGAUGGAUUUUGGAUUCCCACAAAUUACAGAAACUAAAAUGUUGAAAGAAUAUAUAACACAAAAAUCAUUUGCAUUAGAAAAGACAAAACAAACUUUUGGUCCACCAAGUGCCUUAACAAAUGCAGUUUCUUGGAGAUCUGAAGGUAUACAAUAUAAGAAAAAUGAAGCAUUCUUGGAUGUUGUGGAGAGUAUUAAUAUGUUGAUAAAUCCUCAGGGUAAAGUGCUUAGAUCUGAAAUUUUGGGGAAAAUUAAAAUUAAAUCACAUUUAUCAGGUAUGCCUGAUUUAAGAUUAGGAUUAAAUGAUAAAUUAACAAAUAAUUCCAAAGGAGUUGAAAUGGAAGAUGUUAAAUUUCAUCAAUGUGUUAGAUUAAGUAAAUUUGAAAAUGAAAAAAUCAUUACGUUUAUCCCUCCAGAUGGUGAAUUUGAAUUGAUGAGUUAUAGAUUAUCAACUCCAUUAAAACCAUUAAUUUGGGUUGAUUGUAAAAUUUCAAAACAUUCAAAUAGUCGUAUUGAGAUAUAUGCAAAAGUUAAAGCACAAAUUAAAAAAAAAUCCACAGCAAAUAAUGUGGAAAUUUUAAUUCCAAUUCCUGAAGAUGCAGAUUCUCCAAAAUUUAGAUAUUCAAAUGGUUCAAUGAAAUGGGUUCCAGAAAAAUCUAUUAUUGUUUGGAAAUUAAAACAAUUCCAAGGUGGUAAAGAAUAUUCAAUGAGUGCUCAAUUAGGUUUACCAUCUGUUAGUAUUGAUGAUCCAAGUUUUAAAGUUAAAAGACCAAUUCAAGUUAAAUUUCAAAUACCUUAUUUUACAACUAGUGGAAUACAAGUUCGUUAUUUAAGAAUUAAUGAACCAAAAAUGCAAUACCAAAGUUAUCCAUGGGUGCGUUAUAUUACACAAAGUGGUGAUGAUUAUACAAUUAGAUUGAAUGAAUAAAAGAAUACUUGAAUGAUUUUUAAUUUACUCUGACAUAUUGUAAUGGGUCAGUAAAAUGUAGUUAAGAAAAAUAACACGAAAGACAAAAUUCAAUAUUAUCAUGAAUCAUUUGAACCGUGAACUGACUUUGAAUUGUGGUUUUGAGACUGGCUCUGAUAGUAUCCAUUGGAAUUGCUUCGUGUAGAGAAACAAAUUGAUGAAUUGGAAAAGAGUGUGGUCUUUUUAAGGUGAUGUGAUGGCUGAAGAAAGAACAAACAGAAUACAAAUAAUCGAUGAUUUGAUUGGGAAUUUAUU